CAGCAAAUCAAGAAACCGAAGUAUGUGCAAAUUUCUGUUGAAUCUUAUUCACAUUUGACUGGUGCACUGAAGGAGUGCAUGAGGAACCAUUUGACUGGUGCACUGAAGAAGCAAAGGCAUCCAGGGAACAGCUCCUGAUGGAAGUGGAAUCAAUGAAAAAUUAGAUGAUUUUUCGGCCACUUAUGUUGAGGAUGGAGACUGCUGCUGAUCUUGAUUCCAAGACCAACCAGGAGAAAGAUUUAACAGCUGCAGCAGAGAAGCUAGCUGAGUGUCAAGAAACCAUAUUUCUUCUCGGGAAACAGUUGAACUCUUUGCGUCCUCAGACGAAGUUUAUGGGGUCUUCGUACAUCGAUAGAAGUUCAAAAGGGGAGGGCUUUCGGGAAGAAUCGACAACCUCUAGCAUAAACAUCCAUGACAAUGAUAGCUGAGAUGGACAACGCCAGUUCCGUAAAAGCAACUUGUGAGUCCCCUGUGGAUAUAUAUAUAAUGUGUCAUACAGUCCCUCAGACACUGAAGUAAACAAUCCAUUGAGAUCACCAAUCAGCUCAAAGUCUCCUAAACACUGGCCUACUAAGUCUGGCUCUUCGUCCUCUGCUGGCCCUACACCUGAAAAACAAGAGAUGGUUUUCCAUGCUUAGAUUUUGUUUAUAUAUUUUAGUUUUGUUGUUAUCUUCACGGACUAACGUACUUCUUGUGAU